UGUCUUCGUGCUUACGAAGUCACAUGUUUGAUUGCGGUUUUAAAUUUUUUUUUCGCUAGUGAAAAAUAAAUAAGAUCAGAUCGAAAAAUAUGAACGCUUCACGUUGUUUGAUGCGAAAUACAUCACUAUCAUUAAUGAAUGUAUGGUCGCGUAAAUUGUCAUCAUUGGAACAGACAAAAUUGGCCAUCGAAAAUGAUCGUGAUAAACAAAAAUCAACAUCAUUACAUGCACUUUAUCUUGAUGCCCAGUCUACUACUCCGAUUGAUCCAAGAGUUAUGGAUGCCAUGUUACCUUUUAUGAUAAAUCAAUAUGGAAAUCCACAUUCACGAACUCAUGUUUAUGGCUGGGAAAGUGAAAAAGCUGUUGAAAAUGCUCGCGAACAAGUUGCCACUCUGAUAGGAGCCGAUCCAAAAGAAAUCAUAUUCACAAGCGGAGCUACUGAAGCCAACAAUAUCGCCAUCAAAGGUGUGGCAAAUUUUUAUAAAAACAAAAAGAAUCAUGUGAUCACCACUCAAACCGAACAUAAAUGUGUCCUUAGUUCUUGCCGUUAUCUCGAGAAUGAAGGAUUUCGAGUCACAUAUUUACCGGUCAAAUCAAAUGGAAUAAUCGAUCUGGAACAGUUACGAGAUGCAAUCACCGAUAAAACAAGUUUAGUAUCUAUAAUGACUGUUAAUAAUGAAAUAGGUGUAAAACAGCCAAUCAAAGACAUUGGCCGAAUAUGUCGAGAGCGUGGCGUAUUUUUUCAUACGGAUGCAGCCCAAGCAGUGGGCAAGAUACCAAUCAAUAUCAAGGAUAUUGAAGUUGAUUUGAUUUCAAUAAGUGGUCACAAAAUUUAUGGCCCAAAAGGAAUUGGUGCCCUGUACGUUCGUCGUAAACCUAGAGUGAGAAUCGAACCGAUUCAAAGUGGUGGUGGUCAAGAACGAGGAAUUCGAAGCGGAACCGUACCCACACAACUAGUCGUCGGAUUGGGUGCUGCUUGUCAUAUUUCUGCUAAAGAAAUGGAUAAUGACCGUAGAUGGAUCGAAAAAUUAUCGGAAAAAUUGAUCACGGGUAUCACCUCUGAAGUUACUCAUGUUAUUCGCAAUGGUGAUCCUGAAAUGACUUAUCCUGGAUGUGUAAAUCUUUCAUUUGCCUAUGUCGAAGGGGAAAGCCUUUUAAUGGCUUUAAAAGAUGUAGCUUUGUCUUCCGGUAGUGCAUGUACAUCGGCAUCAUUAGAACCAUCAUAUGUUUUAAGGGCAAUUGGUGCCGAUGAUGAUCUGGCACAUUCAUCAAUCCGUUUUGGUUUGGGUCGUUUUACAACCGAACACGAGGUACAAUAUACGAUCGAUAAAUGCAUAUAUCAUGUACAACGAUUAAGAGAAAUGAGUCCAUUAUGGGAAAUGAUUCAGGAAGGCAUCGACAUCAAAGCGAUAAAAUGGACUCAGCAUUGAGAUUGCAAUUUUUUUUUCUUUUCCGAUUUAAAUUUUCAUUUUUUCAUUUAUAUUUCAUUUAAAUUUGAA